AUGCCUAAUUCAAAUGUGGAAGCAGCAACAGCACAACCACCACCAGUCUAUACCAUAACAGCAGCAGCAGCAGCAGUGCAAAUGAAUCAUGUAGAAGCCCAAAUAUUAGAUGAGGAAGAUGAAGAUAAUAAUAAUGUUGCCGGUGGAGGAGAGGAGUCAGUAGAUAACACCAGCAACAUUCAAUUUGAAGAUGGUGGUGGUGUUGGGGAGGGUGUAGCAGCAAGUGAUAUGUAUAUGAGUACUAAUGGUGGUGGUGGUGGUGGGCCUGAUUAUGGCUUGGCGACUGCAAAUAAUGACCAACUCACUCUGUCUUUUCAGGGUGAAGUUUAUGUUUUUGAUGCUGUCUCUCCUGACAAGGUUUUAUGUUACUUUGUUAAGAAGGUGCAGGCAGUAUUGUUGCUUUUGGGUGGAUAUGAAAUCCCUUCUGGCAUUCCUGCCAUGGGGACUGUCCCUCUUAACCAAAGGGCGCUUAACCAUGGCAUGUGUGACUUGUCGGGAACUGGAAGGUCAAUUCAACCUCACAGAGCUGCUUCAUUAAGCCGAUUCAGGGAGAAGAGAAAAGAGCGGUGCUUUGACAAGAAAAUUCGUUAUAAUGUGCGGAAGGAAGUUGCUCUCAGGAUGCAGCGUAAGAAGGGUCAAUUUACUUCAUCCAAGGCUAAUUCUGAUGAAGGGGGCUCGGCUUCUUCUGGCUGCAGUGGAAUGCAGGGUGCUGGACAAGAUGAGAGCUUGCUGGAAACUUUAUGUACUCAUUGUGGAAUCAGUUCAAAGUCCACUCCAAUGAUGCGUCGUGGGCCAGCUGGUCCAAGAACUCUUUGUAAUGCAUGUGGACUCAAGUGGGCCAAUAAGGGUAUUUUAAGAGACCUUUCAAAGGUUCCAAGCAUGAGUAUUCAGGAAUCAUCUAUGAAGGCAGUCGUGCAGGGUAAUGGUGUAGAUAACAAUUUGGAUGCCAUAACUGCUGCUCCAGACAUAGUCUCUCCUCCUAAUGGUGAUUAA